GCUUCCCUCCCGCCGGGGCCAGGCGGGGCCCGCCCCUGCCCAGCCGGGAGCCGAGCAGCGGGCCAGGCGCAGCUCCGUGCGCUCCGCGUCCCUUGCGCUGAGCACGGGCCGGGCAGGGUCAUGUUCUCCUGCUUCUACACCGCGCUCGCGGGGCUGCUGCUCCUGCCGCUGCUGCUGAGCCGCGUCUGCCCCUACUUCUUCCGCGACCUGCGCUUCUUCCUGCAGAUGGCCCGGGCGGGGCGGCGGGCGCACAGCUACGCGGAGCGCAGCCCGCCGCGCACCAUCCUGGAGGUGUUCAUGCAGCGGGCGCGCCGCGCGCCGCGCAAGCCCCUGGUGCUGUUCGGGGAGGAGGCGCACACCUACGAGCAGGUGGACAAGCGGAGCAGCCGGGUGGCCCGGGCGCUGCGCGAGCACGCGGGGCUGCAGCAAGGGGACUGCCUGGCCCUCUUCCUGGGCAACGAGCCUGCCUACAUCUGGGUCUGGCUGGGCUUGGCCAAGCUGGGCUGCGCCAUGGCCUGCCUCAACUGCAACAUCAGGGCCAAGUCCUUGCUGCACUGCUUCCAGUGCAGCGGAGCCACGGUGCUGCUGGCAGCCCCAGAAUUGAAAGCAGCUGUUGAAGACAUAUUGCCAGCCCUGAAAAAAGAAAAUGUAAAAGUCUUCUACCUCAGCAGGACAUCCGAUACAGAAGGGGUUGACAGCUUCAUUGACAAAAUGGAAGUGGUUUCAGAUGAGCCUGUUCCACACUCUUGGAGAUCAAAUGUCACUUCUAAAACUCCUGCCAUGUAUAUUUAUACCUCUGGGACUACAGGUCUUCCAAAGGCUGCAGUGAUUAACCACAAACGCAUCCUGUUAGCUUGUGGUUUGUUCAGUACAAGUGGCGUGACCUCUGAGGACAUUGUGUAUAAUGCCCUGCCACUGUACCACAGUGCUGCCCUCCUGAUUGGAGUUAAUGGAUGCAUCAUGCAAGGUGCAACCUUCGCUCUACGCGCCAAAUUUUCAGCCAGCCAGUUUUGGGUUGACUGCAGGAAAUACAACGUAACAGUCAUCCAGUAUAUUGGGGAGGUGCUUCGGUAUUUAUGCAACGUGCCAAAGAAAGACAGCGACGGUGAUCACAGAGUAAGGAUUGCCAUAGGCAAUGGGAUAAGGGCUGAUGUUUGGAGGGAAUUCGUCAGAAGAUUUGGAGACAUCCGUAUAUUUGAGUUCUAUGCUGCAACCGAGGGAAACGUUGGGUUUAUUAACUACACUGGAAAAGUCGGUGCCGUGGGGAGAGUAAACUACUUCCAUAAGAAAAUGGUACACUAUGAGCUGAUUAAAUACGACGUAGAGAAAGAUGAACCAGUCCGAGACGAAAAUGGAUAUUGCAUAAGAGUUCCUAAAGGUGAAGCAGGGCUGUUGAUCUGCAAAAUCACACCAUUGUCUCCUUUUACUGGCUAUGCAGGAGCAAAAAACCAGACAGAGAAGAAAAAACUAACAAACGUCUUCCAGAAAGGGGAUUUAUAUUUUAAUAGUGGUGACCUUUUAAUGGUUGACCAGGACAAUUUCAUCUACUUUCACGACAGAGUCGGCGACACAUUCCGAUGGAAAGGGGAAAAUGUGGCUACUACUGAAGUCGCAGAUAUUUUAGGAUUGAUCAACUUUGUCCAAGAAGUUAAUGUGUAUGGAGUGCCUGUGCCAGGUCACGAAGGCAGAAUAGGAAUGGCAUCCAUUAGACUAAAGGAGGGCUGUGAAUUUAAUGGGGAGCAGACAUACAGACACAUUGUGGACUACCUACCGAAUUAUGCAAGACCUCGCUUUGUAAGGAUUCAGGAUGCUAUUGAGAUCACAGCAACUUUUAAACACCGUAAAGUGCAAUUAGUGGAGGAGGGCUUCAACCCAGCAGUCAUCAGGGAUGGCAUGUAUUUCCUGGAUGACAAAGAAAAGAUGUAUGUGCCGAUGACGCAGGACAUUUAUAACGCUAUAAAUAACAAUAGCCUAAAACUAUGAGCGUGUCCAAAAAUCACUGGUCUAGAAUAUUCAGUUUUCAAAACACGUUAGUGCGUUUAAAAGUCCAAAAAGCCAUUUUGGUGAGUUGAUAACUGUUACCAAGUGCCUCUAUCCGAAAUUCUGUGUGAUGGAGAUGUUUUAAUAGUGACACAAUCUACAUAAAACUCCUUUUCUUUUUCCAUGUGGUCUGUGUGUUAACCUUCACACUCCCCACCUUCACCCAGGAUACACAACAACUCUGCCUCCACUUACAUCUCAGGCUGGCUGCUCCUUCCUCUUCCCCUCUCGAACCCAACACUGUCCACUCCCAUCACCAUAUUGCUCCCUGCCUCCACUGGUUCUUCUGUGCCUCUCUCACACUGCCCUUUGUGCCUGGAACAGCCUCCAUGACCCAGCGCACCAUCAUUCUUGUUCUUGUGCGCAAUCUUGUACUCAAAUGCUUUCCUGAGUCAGGGCCUCAAAACGGAACAGGAGAGGAAAUUCAGAAUUAGCAAGGCACAUACACAGCUUAUUAGGCAAAUCACAAUCAACUUGUGCUCUGACUUGUGUUAUGUAUGUAGAUUGUAAGCUUUUUUAGAGCAGGGACCUGUCUUCGAUUGUCAUAUAGCGCCGUGAAUGACUCUGUGGUGCUGUAGAAAUAAUAAAUCAGAAUGCUGUGGUGCUGGGUUUGUAGGUUUGUGUGUCCAUAUGCCACUCAAUCUCUGCAGACACACCUCAGAGAACUGGGUCCCUUGUUAGGCUUUUUGCCAAUAUACUGAAGUCACUAUAAAUCAGUAUAUGACUCCAGGUAAUUCACUUUCAGGAUUUUAGUUCUGAAGCAGUUCAAGUCGUGUUACCCUUGAGCCACGCCACAUUGUUAACUGAUUUCACCUGGAGUGAAGAGCGGACCACACAUGGCCUUUGUACACGCCAACUAUACCACUAACUAAAGCAGUACAACCUUUCCCCCGCCACCCCGCCCCCAGUGUGGCGGCAAUUAUACCAGAAUAAAUGUACUUAUACCAGUAUAGUUUAUUCCAGUACAGGAAGGGGAAUAACCUAUACCGGCAUAAGGAACCUUUAUUCCAGUAUAACUGUGUCUACAUUAAGGUGUUUACUGGUAUGACUAUCAGUUAAAAAAAAAAUCACACCCCUAACCAACAUUACUAUACAGGUACACGACGUGUGUGUGGAUCAGGCCUAAGAUUACUGUCUUAUCUGCUCUCAGAACCUUGGAUUAGAUGCUCUCAUUAGUUUUUCUUCAUUGUAGCAGAGAUGUUCUCACUUUAAAGUAUUUUUAAUGCACCGAAUAAUAAAUGUGCUAAAAAGGACUGAUUUUUAUAAUAAUUCACAAGAAUU